AUGGCUGUUCCUCUCUCAAUCUCAUCAAAUCCUCUAAUCUCCCGCCAAUGCCACCGUCUUUACUUCCCUUCCACUUCAUUUAAGGGAAAUGUAAGCGUCUUAGGAGCAAACCCAUCUCAGAUUCUCUCUCUCAAACUACAACCGAGACCCCUUGUUGUGUCUUCUUCUUCUUCUCCGGAAGCAGAGAGGUUCCGUCUGGAUAAUCUGGGACCACAACCUGGUUCUCGGAAGAGGGCUAAAAGAAAAGGAAGAGGUAUCUCUGCAGGACAAGGAGCUAGUUGUGGUUUCGGUAUGAGAGGACAGAAGUCACGGUCUGGUCCUGGAAUCAUGAGAGGCUUUGAAGGUGGUCAAACUGCUCUUUAUCGCCGUCUUCCCAAACUUCGUGGAAUCGCCGGAGGUAUGCGUUUAGGUUUACCCAAGUACGUUCCAGUUAAUCUCAAAGACAUUGAAACAGCUGGUUUUGAAGAUGGAGAUGAAGUGUCACUAGAGACAUUGAAGCAAAAGGGUUUGAUCAAUCCUUCUGGAAGGGAAAGGAAACUCUCUCUUAAGAUUCUAGGUACUGGAGAACUAAGCGUGAAGCUCACCUUCAAAGCUCGUGCGUUCUCAACAUCAGCUAAAGAGAAGCUUGAAGCUUCAGGUUGUGCACUCACUGUGUUGCCCGGAAGAAAGAAAUGGGUGAAGCCAUCUGUUGCUAAGAACCUUGCACGUGCUGAUGAAUACUUUGCUAAGAAGAGAGCUGAAGCAGCAGCAGCUUUAGAGCCAGCAACUUCUACUUAA